GGCAUUAGACCAGGUCGGAGGAACAUGUCUUGCGAUGAGGCUACCGAAGCCAGUGAGCAAAUUAGGCGGUUUGCUGAUCUAGCGCUGUGGGCUACUGGUAGACUCCAGGAUUUGGCUUACGCGAAGAAGUAUCAGAAAACUGAUGAACAGGAAGAGAACGAGCUGAUCCUGAAGCUGGCCUGGUUCCUGGACCGCCUGGCCUACCUCAGCGGGUACGAGCCAGACUUCAAGAAGCAUUACGAGUCUAGGACUACUAAGAGUACACCAACCCUGCCACCAGUACCUCCGACCCUGGUGCCUUCAUCAGACGACAUGAACAAGGAAAUGAUGGACUGUCUCCGGCGCAAGUCUUCGGAGCCAGCUACCGUACGCUGCCGGUAUCCUAUGGAGAUACCUGAUAUGAUGCAGCAGAUUAUCAAUCAAGGCACAUCCCCAUCACCACCAAGCUCAGAUGCAGUCGUCCCAAUGAGUGGAACACCAGACAACGUGGCAGGACCCUCAGAGAUCCUCAUCACAGCCGAUUCUUCGAUCCCUCUCCCUCAACGAUCCAUUUCCAAGAGGUCUACGGAAUACGCGUAUUAUUUCCCUCCCAAACCACUACAUGAGGUCACUUACCCUGUUCCACUUGUUAAAUUGAUCAAACAUAGGUUGUCGAACAUAAAAUCAGUUGUCAAAAGUAUUGUAGAAAGAAGAUUGGCUCAUAUAGCAGAGAAGAAAGAAGAAAAACAGCAUUUCGAGAAGCAUUUCGACAAAAGAUCGAUUGAUGAUAAAUUCGAAAUGUCUAAUUCCAUUAAUCCGUUGUCGGUUUUGCCGAAACCCGUUGUGAAAUCUGUUGAGAAGAGGCCUUUAGAUGCGACUCUGCUUUUACACUACCCUGUGUCUGAUGUUUCUGUUAUAAACACGAAAUCUUUCAAGAAACGAUCAAUUGACGAUCACAGUAUGACAUCAAAUCAUAUAAAUCAAAUGUCGAAUUGGAAAUUGUUUGACAAAUACGUCAAAAAGGGUCCACAAUUCAGAAAAAAGUUUGAGAAUCUUUUGCCCUCCAUCAAAACGACUAAAAGAUUGUCCAAAUAUCCCGAUACUAAAGUAAAAUCGAUUAACAAACGUUUCACAGAAGAUCCAUUCUCGAAAUUAGCGAAUUAUUACAUUAAAUACAAAGUUUGGGACAACUCGAAUCCGAUAACCUUAAAAAAUUACGACGAAAAGAAGCCCGCCAAUUUCGACGUCAAAAAUCAUUUGACAGUUCCAAAGAGCGUUCAGAAACGUUCAUUAUUCAAGAAAAAGGUUGUUCACAUGCAUAUACCUAAACCUUUACAAGUCGUGCACACAUAUAUUAAUUCUCUUGGCAAAACUCACACAAAACCCAAACUUCUAACUCAAUUACAUAAACUGCGCGAAAUUACGCACAAGAAGCACGAAAAAUUGCAUAAAAUUAUUAAAAGAUCAUUGAAAUAUGAGCACAUGUAUUUGCCUCGAAUACCUAUGGACCCACAAGGGGAUAUAAGUUACUAUGUAAAGAAUAAAGAGGGGACCAAUUUCAACCCAGACCCGGUACAAGCGGCUCAAGUAAGGCUGGGUUUAGAACAAGUUUUCCAAACUGGGAACAUUGAGGUUGUAAGAAGAUUUGGAUCGAACUAUAACCCACUAAAUCCCGCUCCAUUUUAUGCUGGUGUCAUAGCUACUAUGACAGAUGCUUAAUG